GGUCACCCUCAGCACAGCCAGAGGAACCUGUAGAUGUGUCUGCUUUGCAUGUUCCUGCCAUAGGUGUGUGCUCUGCUUUUCUCGGAAAAAGGUGUGGUCUUCUGCUCCAUCAUUCAUCAUCUGCUCAGUGCUCUUCAAACAGCCUGCAGCCCAUUGCUCCAUCUCAACUCCUCAAAGUAGAGUCCUCCUGUAAAGCAGAGCCGCACUUCACGAGAGAGAGAGAGAGAGAGAGAGAGAGAGAGGCACUAACGGUGACACUCACCGGCUCUCAGCACAGCCAUGCAGGGCAACGUGUUGAACCGUCUCGUUGCCCUCUCGGUGCUAGUGGCAGCGCUGGUUCAUGUCUCCCAGACGGAUCACAAGAGUUCCCAGUGUAAAGCCUAUGCAGAAGGGGAUGUCAUCAUUGGCAUACUGAGCUCCGUUCACUCCCAUGUAGACAAUCUCCAAGAUCGCGUUCGCCCUGAAGAGUUCAACUGCAGUGGAUUUGAUUAUGUUUCAUUCACUCGAAUGCUUGCUGCCAUCUACACCAUUGACACCAUCAAUGAGAUGAAAUUCCUCCACAACGUUAAACUUGGAUAUGUUGUGUUUGACUCGUGUGCUGAUGCCACCAAAGCUCUCCACUCUGUGGAGCACCUGCUGUCUAUCAAUGGCUCUUUGCCCGUCUUGGAUGACUACUCUGAGUUUCGUCCAGAAGCGAAGGUUAUCCUGGGGGAGCGGUACUCGCUAUUGACCAUCCCUAUAGCCAAGCUUCUCAGCGUAUAUCUCUUCCCUCAGAUAAGUACAACAUCAUCUGCUGUUGAUCUGAGCAAUCGGUUGAAGAACCCAAGUUUCUUCCGAGUGAUCCCCAGUGAUGUGCACCAGACUGAGGCUUUGGCACAGCUGAUACGUCACUUUGGAUGGAGCUGGGUGGGCCUGGUCUCCAUGGAUGAUGAUUACGGCAGAGGCGCUCACCAAAGUUUCCUGAAGAAUGCAGCCGAUGCCGGGGUGUGUGUGGCUUACGAAGGGGUCAUUCCACACUAUUUGGACCAUGAGCAUGCAGAGCAACGAAUCAAAGAGGUGGCCAGGCAGAUACAGCGCAAUGAGGCUGCUCAGGUGGUGAUGGUGAUCCUCAGACCUGAGCUUGUGAAGAUGCUGUUUGAUGAGAUGAUUAGCAUCAACACAUCUCGAGUUUGGAUCGCUAGUGACUCUUGGUCCAGAGCAGCAUCGUUGACCGGCAUGCAAGACAUUGACAAGGUCGGGGACAUUAUUGGAUUGAAUUUUAUCACAGGCAAAAUCCCUGGCUUUGAACAUUACGUGCACAAUUUAGCUGUCAAGCCAGGGGUGAGAAAUGACAUUAUUGAAGAGUACCAAAGCAUGAUUGGCUGUUCCGGCAGCUCACCCAAAGAUUGCAGUGUAACAAUGGCUCAUUCCCUAAUAGACCACGUGGACCUGCCUGUGGUCUAUGGUGAGAGAGUGGCCAUAUGGGCAAUAGCACAUGCCCUGAAAGACCUACUCAGAUGCAAUGAGACGUCGUGCCCAGGAGAGACCAACUUCCCUCCAUAUAAGCUUGUUGAAAAGCUCUAUAAGGUGAACUUUACACUUGAUGGCGGGAAAGAACAGUACAAGUACUUCAGCAAGGAUGGUGACUUUGAAGAUGGUUAUGAUGUACUAUUGUGGCGGGAUUCUACUGUGAAAACCAUAGGGACAUUCAACGUACAUACAAGACAAGUGAACAUCGUCACUUCUGAUAUCGCCUGGAAUGUUGGACCAAACAAUACUAAACCUUCAUCACAGUGCUCACCACAGUGCAAACCUGGCUAUUUCAAGAAGGUGUUGAAUGCUUCUUGCUGCUACGACUGCCUUCCUUGUGGUGAAGGGACCUUCUCCUCUGGAAACGAUUCAGAUGAGUGUCAUGCUUGUCAGAACGGAACUUGGUCUCUGAAAGGGUGGUCUAAAUGUGAAGCACGCAGAGAGUCGUAUCUGAAGUGGUCUGAACCAUAUCCCAUAGUUCUGCUGGUGGCUGUGGGCAUUGGGCUGCUUUUUCUCUUGAUAUGCUUUGUGUGUUUCAUCGUCAAACGGCAUGACCAAAUUAUCAAAGCCUCCAAUCUCCUCAUGUCUUGUUUCAUGAUGUGUGGCUUGGCGGUCAGUUUUGGCAGUGUGGUCCUGUUCAUGGACAAACCCAGCAGACCACUUUGUCAAGCCCAGCAAGCCUUGUACGGACUAGGCCUCACUCUCUGUGUCUCCUGCAUUCUGGUCAAAGCCUUCCGCACAUUCCUGGCCUUCAUGGCAUUCGACCCUGUGCGACGCGAUAGAUUGAGCAAGCUCUACCAACCAGUGGUCAUCAUGGUCCUGCUGACCUCUGUCCAAGGGUUCAUCUGUCUUUUCUGGCUGAUCUUUGACAGCCCAGUUGUAGAUCUGUCAGCCCCAUCCAACCAGAGCAUGGUGCAUGUUUUGCAGUGUAGCGAGGGCUCAAAAAUAGGUUUCGGAGUCAUGCAUGGCUACAUUGCCCUGUUGGCGUUCGUUUGCUUCCUGCUAGCGUUCAAAGGAAGAAGGGUUCCGCAUGACUUCAACGAGACUGGGGUCAUCAUCUUCAGCAUGCUCAUCCACUUGUUCGUGUGGCUCUGCUUCAUUCCCAUCUACAUCACCAAGAACGAGUCGCGCCCCAUCGUGCAGGCCUCAGCCAUCCUGGUCUCCAACUACGGCAUCAUAUUCUGCCUCCUGGUGCCCAAGUGCUACCGAGCCAUGUGGGGCAAACACACCACAGAGCGGAUAAGGGCUCGCCUGCGAACCUACUCCGAUUUUAGGAACCGCCCACCUUCUGUAGAUCCCUCUGUUCUAGGCAUAGGGGAAAGGGAAGACAAUCAGUCCGGAUCUCAGCGGGCUGUGACCUUCGCCCCUCCUCCGUUCCCACUCACAGAAACAGAUUCUGGGAUUAUAAAUGGCAGUGUGAGCAGUCAAUCCCUGGUCUCAUCCUCUGCCUCAUCCCGGUCAACCCUUCCAGCAUCUGAAGACCCUUUCCCCAGCUCUGUCUAUUCUAUAACAGUGCCCGACACACCAGCUAUUUUCAACAGAAGCCAAUCCAUGUCUACUCUCAUGUGAAUGUAGUUUGUUUUAGUCGUGUCCAAGGCAGCGGAGAAGUUUGCUUUUUCCACGGUUUGUGCUUGACAUAGGUCUCUGCACCUUGAUCUUUUAGUUUUCUAUUUUUAGGAACUUUUAUACCUUUAUGUGGCAAAAAAUCUUUGCCCCGCUGUUAGAAAGUUGAAGAUGAAAAGGAUCUUAAUAUUUCUGAACAACAAAUACCCUAAGCUUAUGCCUAAAUCAACAAAAGAAUGGCUUCACAAAAAUAAGAUUGAGGUUUUGGAAUGGCCCAGACAGAGUUCAGACCUGAAUCCCAUGAAACAUUUGUCAGGUGUUCUGAAAAGGACUAUUUAUAGGGACUCUUUCUGCCUUUAUGGAAAAAGUGUGAGGUGGUGUUGACAUGUGUUGACAGGAAGUAAGUGGGAGAGAGCGAUGGAGGAGGGUUGGGAAAUUACUUCGGGGUGGAAUAGAACAGUACGUAGUGUGUUACAGUAGGGUGCCUUCGCUAUUUGAGCCACGGCCAAGGUCAAGCUUGUUCAAUUUUGUCACAGCUGUCAAAAUCAAUAUAUUUUGUUAUUGUACUGCUUGUAUAUUUUGUUAUUCUGCCUCUAUGCGGUAUAUUUGAUUUUGAUGAUGUUCAUCAAUAUUUUUCAAUCAUCAUGUUGAACAGAUCAGAAAUGUAUCUGUUCAGAGUUUAUAGUAUCAUAUUAUUAGGUAUAAUUGGCAAUAUUGUUUUCCAGAUCAUUGAAGCUACAGUGUAUUACAUUAAUUAUACUGACUAUAUUGACGUAAUUAUGUUAACCUUGAACAUGUAUUAUGUGAAAAUGUUAACAUGGAUUUUGCUUUUAACCAAAUAAUGUAUUUUUUCUACAUUCAUAAUAAACAUACUUAUU